CAGCUGUCGUCUGUACACAAAGAAACCGUAAACUUAAAGGUUAUUUUUUUUCUGGGCAUACAACUUCUGCCUUCAAAUGUUCAAACUUUUGAACAUUUUUUUGAAGUAAAUUUACUUAUCUACAUAAUGGUUGAGAUCGAAAAGUUGCAGCAUGGAGAAAAUGUGGAAAAUAAGGAAAAUACAAAAGUUGAAGAAUUUAGGUCAGAUUUUCGUGUCCAAGCCGACAUUUCAACAACAACGGGAUCUUUCUCAGCGUCAGCAGGAUUUCAGAGAAAGAUUGAGCUGCUGUUUGUGAGUUUGCAGAACUUGACAGAAUCUCAAAACAAUAAUGCAUACACACUGAACAUUCCAUCAUCAACAGUAGAUGGUUGCAUCACACAGUCUGACAGGGACUCGGCUGUAACAACAAUGAGAUCAAUGCAGCGAUUUUACAACUUUGGCAGUGACACACUUGCAGCAGCGGUUUACAAUUUGGACAGAUUUAUUUCAAAAGUAAAGAUUAGGAAGAAGUACAUGUCCUGUGUCGCUGCAGCAUCAUUCUUCCUGUCAUCAAAAAUGAAUGAAGAAUCUGAGUUUUAUCCAUCAGCCUCAGACUUAGCAGGCCUUCACAGACACUCCUGGAAAGCAUCCGAUCUCAAAAGAAUGGAGAAGCUUAUUCUGGACAAGCUUGAUUGGAACCUGUAUCCUGCCAUAACCAGCCUGGCUUACUUGGAGAAAAUAUACAAGAUUCUGCAACUCUUCAAUGUCUCCAAUUCUGAGAUUAAUGAGGAGUUCUUCCAAUCCAUGGUCGAAAGAUCCGAAAUAUGUCUCAACUACACAAGAUGCGCAAAAUACAGUGCAAGUACUUUGGCUCUUGCGAUCUCUCGACAGUCUUUGAAGGAAAUAGGGAUGUCUUCUUCUAUGAACAAGUUUCUUCUUCUCAACAUUCAGACAGUCUGUCAGGUGUCAGACCAGGAGCUGUUUGAGUGCCAAUGUGCAAUAUCCCACCUUCUACACAUGUAUGACACCCAACCUGCAACCCAUCCAAAGUGUCUCCCAACUCCAAGGAUAGUACCGAGACCAAACCUCAUUAAGCGACCCAGCAUUUAUGGCUCACCUGACUUACCAACUAUUGAAGAGGUGUCCUCAGAGAUAAGAGACGAACCUGAGACACCAGAUUCGCCCUGCCAUGUUGUAGAGGAUCUAUCCAUUGUGCCAUACUACAAGUUUUCAGCCCCCAAGUCCUGCCAGAGCUACUGUCUGCUUCUCGACCAGUGUUUUUGCAGUGGCAAUGCUCUCUAUAUGUGUAAAUCCAAGUGCAAUAUAUCAAUUGCUUAGAAUUAGUAGAUGUAGUCGGCAAUUUAUCUGUAUAAUCUUUAACGUUUAUUAUUUAAUGUGUACAUUAGUAAACCGAGUAUAUACAGUUUAUUGGUCAGGCAUGGAAUAUUGUUGUUGAAUGAUCAAAAGUUUUGUUUAAUUUAUAUGAUUGGUACAUAUACAAAGUACAUGUUGUUCAAGGUUAUUGUAGGGUUUAAUGUAUGGUUUUACCUUAGGUCACGGACAAAUACACUAUAUGCUCCGUGAUUAAGUUUUAAAUGUCUGUUUGGUGCAUGUUGUGUUUUAACCUUUUAAUUAUAUUUUGCAGUAUUGCAAAACAUAUUUAAAUUUAUUAUGAAUGUUUCUUUAACAUUUUAGUAUAGGGCUUUUAUCUACUACAAGAUUAAUGUAAGCAUUGAGCUGAUAAGUAUCUUUAUCGAUCCUGCAAAAGAAAGUCGCAAGAAAUUUUCAUAUAUAUUUCACUGAGAAGUUUCUAGUCAACAUACUUGGUGUAACGGUAGCAAAUAAAUGUAUAAAUAAGUAAUAUAGAGAAUGAAAGAUAUUAAUGUUGUCUGAUAGAAUGUGAAAAGCUUGAUUUUACAAGCAAACUAUAUGUGUACAUGUAUUUAUUAUUAUUGUUAUUAUUCCUGAUGAUUUGUGAAGUCUUCAUAGAGGGUGAAAUACAUAUGAGACAAAUAAGUGUGUUGAGUAGAGAUAAAUGGACAAUUGAGGUUUUGUGACAUACAUGAUGUAUAUCUGUUUAGAAAAACAACAUGUUGGUUAAAUAUGCAAGAAUCUGAGUAAAUGAUUGUAUAGAUCUUAUCCUCAGUCUUUCAAGAUGUAAAAUGCAAUAACGCGAAGUUUAACACUAUGUUCAGAUUUUAAUAUUGUUCACAUUAACAGAUAUAUUGUUAAGGUGUGGAAUGUCCUUUACAUUAUUGGCUGAUUGUUCAGAAAUUUGCUGAAGUCGACAACAUUGUUAACAGCAUCAUUGUUAACUUUUAGAGGAGAAAUAUUUAAUUAUAAAGGCAUACAUUUUAAUAAAACAAACACAACUGAAACACAUGUCUCAAAAUGUGUGAAAAAUACUGCAGAUCACAAGUAUGCAUUUAAAAUCAGAGUGUCAAAGAUUUGAAAGUUUACAGCCAUGGUGUUAACAAUGUUGUUAAUUUUAACAAAGUUCUGAAUGUUGGGCCAAAAGUUCUAUGUAUUAUCUUAUAACAUAAAAACUGUGAUAUUCAUACAUUUCAUUUUAUCAUGUUCAUUUUAACUUCAUUCUUUCCCAGAUAUUUUCUCGGAAACUUGCCUCUAUUAAAAUCCAUUUUUCAUGUGCUUUUAAUUUAACAAUGUUUAUGUCUUGUUAGUAAUCAAGAAUACUACGCAUUAUAAUCUGUAGCUUCUUUCUAUCUGUUGACAUUACUCCAUUACUCCAAGUUUCAGCAAGAUCUACAUUGAACACUGCCAAUUUUAUGUAUUUAUUGCAUAUAUAUUUUUAUAGAAAUAUUUAAAGUGAAUAAAGAAAACAUAUUUUUGAAUCUCAAA